AUGCUGAAGAUUGCAUACUUUGGAUCGGACCUGUUUUCCAUCAAUGUUCUAUUGCGACUGCUCCCCAGCUACCACGCGAACAUCACAGUGGUCACCAGGGAGGCCAAGCUGAGCGGACGCGGCAUGAAGUCGUACAAAGAGCCCGCGCUCGUUCAUUUUGCACAGCAGACACAGUUACCUCUACUGCGCGCAGACUCCCGACACCAGUUCGACGCGCUCGCGGGAAAGUUUGACCUGUGCAUAGCGGUGUCCUAUGGAAAGCUGAUCCCCGGCUCGUUCCUCGAAACACUACGGUUCCCCGGCCUCAACGUGCACCCGUCGCUGCUGCCGUCGUUCUCGGGGCCUGCCCCAAUCCAGCGAGCUCUGCUGUCGCACCAGCCGUACACAGGCGUUUCUAUUCAGACGCUCGACAAAAAGCAUUUCGACCGGGGAAACAUCCUGCUGCAAGAGAAGUACCCCAUUGCGCGAGACGAGACGCUUUUUUCACUAAUAGACCGUCUAGGAACCAAAGGUGGACAGCUGCUGAAACACGUUUUGGAUAACAAGUUAUACGACUCUUCGGUGCAACCAUAUAUAACUCCGACAGAACCGUUUUCGCACGCGGCGAAAAUCCAGCCCCAGGAAAAACUGAUCAACUGGCACAGCUACACCACAGAACACCUGAUCCGCCGCGAAAACACGCUUGGCCCGCUCUACACGAAGAUCGCUGCGGUCUCCCGAACGGGAGAACAUGGCUCCAAGCGCGUGUACCUACCGAAUCUCCGCCCAGCAAUGCGGCUACCAGACCUGACGCAGCCUGGCCAGUUUGCCCUACACGACGACAAGCUGGUGGUAGCCACAGCUGACGGGGCAGUGGAGUGCGCAGGAGCAAAGGUAGCAGGAUUCCCCGAAGAAAAGCCCGCCAAGUUUCUCUCGAGCAUGAAAAAACGUGCGGGCACGGUCUCUUCCCAAUUCUUAUAA